CCCGGGCCGUGUGGUAGUGGCCGCGUCCUUCCACUUCCACGCACGUGUGUUCCUGAGCUCCCGCGUUGGAGCGGCCUGCAGUGCAGAUCCACCCACACGCUGUUCCCCAGGCUGGAAUGAACCGCUUUCUGCUGCCCGUGUCCGUAGUGGGCACGGUGAUCGGCGGCACCGUGCUGCUCAAGGACUAUGUUGCUGGUGGGGCUUGUCCCAGCAAGGCCACCAUACCCGGGAAGACGGUCAUCGUGACAGGAGCCAACACGGGUAUCGGCAAACAAACUGCUUUGGAACUGGCUAAAAGAGGAGGCAACAUCAUUCUGGCCUGUCGUGACAUGGAGAAGUGUGAGGCGGCUGCGAGGGACAUUCGUGGAGAGACCUUGAAUCCCCGUGUACGUGCCCAGCACCUAGACUUGGCUUCCCUCAAGUCCAUCCGAGAGUUUGCUAGGAAGAUCAUCAAAGAGGAGGAGCGAGUGGACAUUCUGGUCAACAACGCAGCCGUGAUGCGGUGCCCGCACUGGACCACGGAGGAUGGCUUUGAGAUGCAGUUUGGUGUCAACCACCUGGGUCACUUUCUGUUGACAAACUUGCUGUUAGAGAAGCUGAAGGCCUCAGCCCCUUCACGUAUCAUCAACCUCUCAUCCCUGGCUCACGUUGCUGGGCACAUAGACUUUGAUGACUUGAACUGGAAGACGAAAAAGUAUGACACCAAGGCAGCCUACUGCCAGAGCAAGUUGGCUGUUGUCCUCUUCACCAAGGAGCUGAGUCGCCGGCUACAAGGCACAGGCGUGACUGCCAAUGCUCUGCACCCCGGUGUGGCCAGGACAGAGCUGGGAAGGCAUACAGACAUACACAACUCUGCCUUCUCCAGCUUCACACUUGGGCCCUUCUUCUGGCUGCUGUUCAAGACUCCCCAGCUGGCGGCGCAGCCCAGCACGUACUUGGCGGUGGCAGAGGAACUGGAGAGUGUUUCUGGGAAGUACUUUGAUGGACUCAGGGAGAAGGCUCCAUCUCCCGAGGCAGAAGAUGAGGAAGUAGCCCGGAGGCUUUGGGCUGAAAGUGCCCACUUGGUGGGCUUGGGCAUGGCUCAGGGGUCCGCUGGGAGGGGACAUUCCCUCCCCAGAUAACCUUCAAAUAUCCAGAUGGAGCUUCAUCACAACUGCUGGCUGCCAUGCCCUCAUCAUCCUUUAGGGGCAGUGUUGGCACUGUCAGACUCUCAAGAGCAUGGAUGCUGGCCGCCAUGCCCUCAUCAUCCUCUAGGGGCAGUGUUGACACGGUCAGACUCUCGACCAUGGAUGCUGGCCGCCAUGCCCUCAUCAUCCUCUAGGGGCAGUGUUGGCACGGUUAGACUCUCAAGUCCAUGACUGCUGGCUGCCAUGCCCUCAUCAUCCUUUAGGGGCAGUGUUGACACUGUCAGACUCUCAAGACCAUGGAUGCUGGCCGCCAUGCCCUCAUCAUCCUCUAGGGGCAGUGUUGGCCCUAGCGUUUAUUGUUAGCCGGCCCCAUUCAGUUGGACCACAGCUGAGCAUUGGGGAGGAGGACAGGUACAAUGUACUCUGUUGGUUACUGGGGAGCUGGUCUAUGAGGGGUCUCCCUUGGGAAUGGUUUUGGGCAGUGUCCAAAGACAGCGGUAGCCGUGGUGGUGGACGGAUGGGUCUACUGUUAAAGAUCGGGAAAUCAGACAGAUUCGGCCAGUCAUGGCUCUUUGUGGGCCUUUGCAAACUUCUCAUUCCUCUCCGAGACUUGGCAGUUGUUUCAGGAAAGCAACUGGGGGAGGAAAAGGGCUUAUUUUUGGCUUAUAGGUUCUUGUCCAUCAUGGAGGAGGGAAGCUGAGGCAGGAACUCAAGGCACGAGCUUGAAGCAGAUGCCAGUGGAGGUUUGCUCCCAGGCCUACGUUCAGAUACCUUUCUUUUAUUUUUAUUAUUAUCUUUUUACAGAGAGGUUCUUACUCUGUAACUCUGGCUUUCCUGGAACUUGCUAUGUUUCAGUUCAAGACCAGGCUGGCCUUGAAUUCACAGAGAUCUGCCUGCUG